AUGGGCCGAUCUAGUCUGUUCGCCGCCGGUGCACUCUCCCUGUUCCUGGGUAGCGUGACCGGCCAGGACUCGUGCGUCCAGGUGGCGUCCCCGACAUGGGCGGCCACCUGCCCCUGCGACUCGGACGGCCAGUACUCCUUCACGAUGGAGGGGAAGACCACGGUGACGGCGAACACGGUUAAUGUGGCCGUCAUCAUCGAUUCCUCAGGGAGCGUGAACAGCGACGAAUGGGACAUGUCGAUAGCGUUCGCGAAGAACGCUGUUUCUUCCUUCGCCGACCAGAACCUCUUCACCAACGGCGGGAGCGCCUCCAUAGCUCAGUUCUCCAAUUCUGCGUCGGAGGGCGGCACCUUCUACUCUCUCGAGGACUUCAACGACUUCGUCGACGGAAGCACCAAGUACCAGUCGCAAGGAACCAACAUCAUCGCCGGCAUCGCCAAGGGCAGGGAGCUCCUCAACGCCUCUCCCACCACCACUUCCUUCAUGAUCGUCAUUACUGACGGACAAUCCUCCAGUCCUAAGGACGAAGCGGACGCCGCCCGAGCUGAGGGCACCAUCGUGUACGCCGUCGGCGUAGGUUCAGGCCCGACGGAAUCAGUCCUUCUCGAUAUCGCAGGGGAUGACUCCAACAAAUUUAGCGUCGACGACUUCGACGAGUUGGACGGAAUCUUGUCUGCGUCCGGAAGCAGCGUGCCCUGCGCCGCCACGGGUGCGACGGUGACUGUCGAAUUCAACGGCAUGGUGACGGGGGCCACCGUGGACGGCGGCAGCGCCACCUACAACGGCGGCGAGGUAGUCUUCACCGUCGGCGACCUCGAGGCCACCCCGACCGACUUCGAGGUCUCGUUGGACUGGUGCGGAGAGCCCGAGGGCGGCGAGAUCAUUGCGUCCGUGUCCUACACCGACGACGAGGGAAACACGCCCGACCUGUCCUCCCUCGAGGGGUCGGCCGUCGUGCCCACCUGCGGUAAGCACGCGCGUGACAGAGUGAUUGAUGACCAUGUGGGCGUGCAUGUGGCAAGCAAGGGGUGCGGUGAUGAUGACGUGCACGUGUCGACAAUAUUUAGGAUGGAAAGAACAACAGACGGUAGGUGUCGCGGUCAGUUUUUGCACCCUCUUCAAGAUCUUGGUGGUAGAGCACUUGAGCUCCAGAAGUCGGUCAAAAAUCUAGGGGGAGUCAUCUGCCCUAAAGGUAGCCACAUCUGCGACGACCCCCACAUGAAGGGCCUGCUCGGCCAGAGUAUCGACUGGUUCGGCGUCGACGGUGAGUGGUACUCCUUCGUCAAGGACCCUGACAUGGAUCUGCGCGUGAACGUACGGCUCACGGCGCCUCUCCCCGACGACUUUCCUGAUCGCCAGCUGGUCACCGGCCUCUCGGUCAUUUCUGAGGGACAUUCUCUGGUUCUCGAGGUGACGAACCCCUACUCGACGGACUUAAACGACGGCUGCCCCGACGGAAGCCCGACGCCAUGCCUGGCAAACGGCGGACUUAGCGUCACCGUGGAUGGCGAGAAGAACGUCGGGCUAAUACACCCCAUCAGGGGCGAGAUCCUACCUGGUGGCAUCGAAGUGUCCGCGGACAACCUCCCGGUACAAUGCUGGCAGUUCGGUGGGCACAAGAUCUGGGCCCGCCACUACGAAGCCAUUCUGGCGAGGCGCAAACUACGUGCCCAGUCCUUCGAAGAUUGGGUUUUGAGCUUUACGGACAUGGCAGCCCACGAUUGGUGCACCGAGUACAUAAGCGAGAAGGGCCUUACGGGCGUCCAGUCGUCUCACGCCAUAUACCAGAUCGUCACGCCGGCGGUCGUCGUGCGCCUCAACGUCGGCAUCGGUCACCAGGACGGGGAUGAGGUUGACUGGGACGGUCGCGUGCUCCCCGACCUCGACGUGUGGCAGAUGGACGUCGGCCUCACAGGUCUGUCCCUCGAGAACGAAGCGCUGACCGGAAUCCUGGGAGAGACGGCCCGCCCUGUUUACGACGAGGAUGGACACGCUGUGAUGGCGGGGGACGACGCCUACCGCGGGACUCCCGAGGACUACCGUGUGUCCGGUCCCCUGGGGAUGGACUUCGCUCUUCUACACCAGAAGUGA